UGUGCGUCACACGUACGUCGACGCUGAUAGGAAUUGGGUGUAUGCUACGUUCCCUAGCGCUCCCGCCGUCGACAUUUUACCGGCUCUUCGAACUAGAAUCUUCCAUCGGAGGUCCCAGACUGUAGAAAUCAUGAAAAUCUGGACGUCAGAACACAUUUUUAACCACCCAUGGGAGACAGUAACUAAGGCUGCAAUGCAGAAGUACCCCAAUCCCAUGAACCCUAGCGUGUUUGGAGUGGACGUGCUGGACCGGCAGGUGGAUGCAGAGGGCCGUCUUCACAGCAGCCGACUACUCAGUGCAGAAUGGGGACUUCCCUCAAUUGUCAAGUCUCUUAUCGGGACCACAAGAACAUGCACAUACAUCCAGGAACAUUCAGUGGUGGAUCCCAAGGAGAAGCUGUUUGAACUGAAAUCCUCAAAUCUCACAUUUACCAAUAUGGUCUCUGUUGAUGAGAGGCUUGUAUACAGACCGCACCCUCAGGAUCCAGAGAAAACGGUAUUGACUCAAGAGGCUCUCAUCACUGUCAAGGGAGUGAGCUUGAGUAGCUAUUUGGAGGGACUCAUGGCCAGCACAAUCUCAACAAAUGCUGGGAAGGGUCGAGAGGCAAUGGAGUGGGUCAUUCGACGCCUGAACACAGAGAUCGGGGAGUUGGCAGCUACAGCACGUGGUACCAUUCGGACACCGAUGGCAGCUGCGGUUGCAGAAGAAUAAUAAUCCUUGUUCAAGACUUCCCUGAUUUCACUGCAAAGAGAAGCGCUCCCUCUGCGUCUUCUAGGUUGAUUCUCCAAUCACAGGAAAUGUGUCUCCUAGUGAGCAUCUACUGUCUAUACUAGACAGACUGGGUUGAUACAGAGGGCGAAUCAUUAUUAUGAGGCAGAAAUAUUCUGACUUUGCACUGGAAAUGGUCAUAGUGAGAAAAGUGGCUUAAUUUCUUUGUACAGACUUGAAAGGAAAUGGGCAACAGCCUGAAAUAAAAAGGUGUUGAAAACUGACUGGUGACAUUAGUCUUGAAAUAUGGGUGGGUUGUUCAUUGGGCUUUCUGUAUAGGAUUAAAUUAAUGAAAGGGGUGUGGUUUGGGGGAAAAACCUGACAUGCAGAUAAUAAUUCAUUAGUCAAAAUCCAGUUUCUUUCAGUAGUUUCAAUAAAUAUUGGGUAUACCACCUCAUUGAGCCGCCUUUCUCAGUGUUUGUUUUCAGUGCAGUGUCUUCAGCUAUAAAGGCCACAGUGGGCAGCACUUGCUUGGUUAUCAUAGCAAGUAUUUUCACACUUGAAAUGUCAAGUACUGUACAUUUAUAUUGAUAUUCUUGAGUAUUAGUACUAUUAUCUUGUUACGAACAUAAAAAUGGAAUGAAGGGAACAUGAUACUUCAUGUUUUUGUUGUUUUCUUUUGGUGUAAAUGAGAGGACCAUGAUAAAUACAAUAUGUGUUAGAAUAGUACACAAAGUUCGAUUUCUGAUACUUUGUGUUUCAUUGCGGUAGAACGGUUUAGAAAUAUGUUUGAAAUUCUCUGGUAUCAGGUUCUGGCUUUCGGAACCCCCCCCCAGUUGGAAGAGGACCAGGUUCCCUUGUAAUUUCGAGUUAGUCCUCUGGUAAAGUACAGAUACUACAUGCUUCUUUUGAUGUGCUUUUGAGUCCUUCUUACGUUUUUAUCCUGUUGAAGGAAAAACUUCUGAUGCAGCCUUGAUUACUGAUGAAAUUAGUAACUGACACUUGUUCAAGAUUGUAUUUAAGGAGACUUGCAUUUUGUAUGCUCUUCUUCUACUAUAAUGAGAAUCUAGGAAAUUAUUGAUGAAUAUUGUUUUUAGUUUUUUUCCAGUUUGGAUGCUGCAACUAAACCCUUUAGCUUUGGUUUUAUUUUUUUAAAGAGUGGAUUCUUGCCUCAGUACCUAAUUUUCUUAAUCUGCAGCAGGUAUUUAUGAAUAUGUACAGUAAUACAUAUUUUCUACAGCUGUGCUAAGAUAAAACACUGAUACGCACAAUCUGACUUACAAAUAAAGUAGAAGAUGGGUACGGACUGUUAAUACCUAAAGUACAGUCAUAGUGAAGAGGUGUUCUGAAGAUGUAUGUUGCUUUGGAGAAAAGCAUCUACUAAAUGAAUAAAUGUAAAUGUGUUGGGAGGGAACAUACAGCUUUGUUGAAAGUAAAGUCAACUAACAGGUUUGUUUUCUGCUCCUUUGAUAUGCAAAGUAUUUAUUUAUUUAUAUAACUGGUGACUGUGGUCUGUCAAUAGUAACAAAGAACGCAGCUCAGAUAUUUAGUACAGAUUCUUUUUGGUUCUAACGUUUGUAGAUGGGGGAAAUACAUGUAUAGUACAUGUAUAAAGCUUGACAGUUCAUUGCACCUUUUAAAAUGUUUUAUGUUUUAGUACUUUGUCCUGUUUAAAGUUCCACGCUCCUUAACUAGCUUUAAGAUUGAACUGAUUGAGUUUUUCCCGAUCAAUAGUCCAAAUGUAGUUUGGAUGAGGGUGCCAUUUUCAAAAUAUUUAAAGUCAUAAUCCUCAAAGUCUCCUCAGACUGUUAUUAGAUUCACCCCCUAUUUCAGCCUUUAGGAAAGCAGCAUUUGUGGACUGACUAGCUAACUCUAACACACUGUUUGAAAGUUUAUUUUCUUACAUGAGUGCGUUUUUGAAAUGUGGAGCAAACAUGACUCUUUGACUCCUCUGUUGGGUUCUAUUUCAACUGUUUAUUCCUUCUUGUGUAAGGGAGCAGUUUGGCCUGCAGAUUUUAUACUGGAAUGUAAUGUGUAGAGUGGUGCCAAAGUUGCUUUUACCUGUUGUGGUGUUUUCGGAAGACGUGUUGGUUUACUACUUCCAUUGAUGUGGUGCUUGGGGCGCCAUGUAUGUCAAUGUCGGCAUCACUUACAGGCAAUGUUAAAAUAAAGUUUUACAGCCA